UUGAACAGCUGUUGUGGAAGGAACCACAACAACAAAUUCAACCAGUUUAUUUUCCACCAAGUGCCAAAUCUUUUGCUAUUUUUAACUUAAAGUAUCUUUCACCAAGUGCAAUUUAGGAUCUUAAUUCCCUCUAAAGAGUGAAGAUGUUGACUAACCUAGCGUCCUACCUGCUUGGCUACCUGGAGGCCCCUCCGGCCCCCGCUGAGCUCGACUCUGCUGCUCAGAGACUAAGCGGAGCCCCUGCCACUCCCCCCGUUACCCCGGCCUCCGCCUCGGGCCCACCCUCUGAUGAUGAUGAGUGGCUCUUAGUCAAUGCUGUUGGUACGGAGGAUGAAGAGAACGUAGCCGUGGUGAGGAUAUCCAGGUCAGCGUCCAUGUCCUCGCUGCCGUGCUGUCCUGCGAUGGAGGACAGUUGGUUCCUCACUCCUCCCCCCUGCUUCACCUCGACGGCUCCGAGCCCACUCGAAACCAACCCUCUGGAGAACCUGCUCAUAGAACACCCCAGUAUGAGUGUGUACCAUGGUGUGGGCCGAGGGAUCCGUGCUAGAUCUGCGUCCCCCGCCAGCUCUACAGCCCCCUCACUACCCCCCGCCCCCCGCCAGCCACUGGCCCCCGUCACGGACCAGCACACUCUACGCUGCCUCGAACUCAAGGCUGCCACCAAGUUUCAGAAGAAGCAGUCGCUGACUGUUAAUCGUAAUCAGCUUGAGCGCAACAACAAGGCGAGGGAAGUGAACUCGCGCGGACGACGUCAGCGACGCAGCGAUCGCCAGCAGCAACAUUCCGGCGCAAACAACAACCGCAAGUGCUGCUAGGCGCGCAUAUGGCGGGGAGCAAGUUUUGUUCUCAGUGCAAAAAAAUACAAAAAAAAUAUAAGAAAGUUAUAAAACUUAAUUUAAAAAUUAAAUGGAACAAGAAAACAAUUAGUGAUUGAAAAUAAUUUCUUAAAAAAAAAAAUAAUUCUACUAAAAACGAAUUUUGUCAUUCCAGUUAUUGUGUUAAAGAAAUUGACAAAUGUAAGAAUUUAAAUUGAAUACAAAUUGUUGAAACGUAAGAUAGAAUAAUUCCAUUAUUCAAAGCCUAAAAAUAAAUUUUCAAUUACUAAUUAUCCCAAAAUUAAUACAUAUUUUAAAUUGUAUGUUCAUGAUGGCACAUUUUGUUUUGUUUUAUAUCAAUUGCUUACAUUAGAAACUUUCUCCCUGCCUGAAUCGUCCACAUUGCUUUGAGUCAAUUUGAGGGUAACCUAGAAGUAAUGUAAUGUUUAAUGUUGGUUUAUUUGUACUACUGUCUUUCAUUGUUACACUAAAGCAUAGGCCUACCUGUACCGACACUGUUCAUUUUCAAUAUUGUGUUUGUGUGCCUAAAUGAACAGGAAAAAUUACGCUUGAAAUUCAAGCUGAUUGUAAGACUAUGCAAUAAUAGUUUCUAUCAUAUUACAAAGGGAUUUUGCUUAUCUAAAUGUGAGAGUAUUUUAUAAAAUCUUAAAACUAUUUGUUUUUGUAGCAUAAGUUAUGCCUAUCAAAAGAAUCAUUCGAGUUAGAAAUGAAACAUGGAUAAGGCAUUCUUUAAAAAAAAAAACUUAAAAUAUUAUCAAAACAAAAAAAAAGAUAAGUGCGUGUGGUAAUUUUUUUUUGUAAUUAGAAUUUUAUUUUUUAAGUAACAUUUUACGAAUAUAAUUAACAUUUUGGUAGAAAUAUGCUGAAAGCAUUCUGGAACAUUUUAAUAGUCAAUGUUUUGUUUACACAGGCUUUAAACUGUUGUGCAUGUAACAUAGUUUUAUUGCAUUCACUAAAGUAGUUCAUAAAAAAUAACUGUUUUUUUACCCACUUAUAAUACAUAAUGGAUUUUAUGUAAAUUAUGCACUAAGUUUAGAAAGAUUAGCUCAAACUUGUUUUCAAAUGCAACGUGCAGAGGUAUUUUCAUGACAAGUUUUGUUUAUAUGUUGUACUUAAGACUGUUAUAAGUAGUAUAAUUUUGCCUUUGUUUUUAAUUUAAGAUUAUUGUAACAAAAAUGUUCUACAUUGAGACACUCCCGUUGUGGGGAAAUAUUUUUAACAUGUACAUAAAAUUAUUUAUUUGAUAUUUCUGUUAUUUGUGAAAAGUUUUAAAAUAUCUGUUUUUCUUUCAAGGCUUUUACUAAUUUAUCAUCUUGUGUUUAAAGAAAGGUUUUGAACAAAAUUGCUGGUACAGUAGACUCCCUCUUAUCCGGACUCCUCGGGAACGAAGCCAGUCCGGAUAACAGUUUUUACGGUUAAACCGACAUCCCCAAAAACUCGUUAAAACGGACCGUUUAAAUGCAUACUGUAUACAGUAUUUGACUUAAAUUUAGGAGAGCAUUUUAUAAUAGACGUGUGAUCACUGGUCUCAAAUCUUUCCCAUGAGAACAGUCGUUUCAGUACCGCCCACUUCCUGGUAAUCUAGUCCGGUUAAACCAAUGUGCUGAUAAAAAUUGUCCAGUUAAAGAGAUGUCAUUUCCGCCGAGUGUAGUCCGGUUAAACCGAUGUCCGAUUAAAAGGUGUCCGGAUAAGACGGAGUCUACUGUAGUGGGUUUCCCAUAUGGGUUAAUCUUCCUUCUUGUAGUAGGAUUGAAUAAAAAGUAGUGAUUUUUUAACCAAGUUUGCAGGGCUUCUUUAGUAAAUGGGCCCGGGCCCAGGGGCGCUAGAGGUUUUAGCCUUUCGGGGGUGCGAGAAAUUUCCUUACAAGAGAGAGGAGGGGAGCGCAAUUACCUCUUGGGCCCUUCGUGCGUCACAUGCAAACAGCGGGCCUUUUGGUUUGUAUUUGGUAUGUUUGAGGUAUGGUAUUUCCAUCCAAGGUUAUUUUCUUUGUAGAAUGAGAAUAUGUCGAAAAAGUAAAAACAUUACAAAGGGUAUCAUUUGACAUACGUUAUAUGUACACAAAUAUAACAGGAAAAGUAACUAUUAACAAUAAAUUAAACUCCAACAUAUAAGAAUACCAUGUAUAAGCAUCAUAUACUAUAUUGGAGGAGGUCCUAAAUUUAAUAACAAAUCCUAACACUAGAUGGAAAGGUUGGCCACAAGGAGCCCAUGAUCUGCAAAUAUUCAGAAAUCUUCCUUCAAACACAGGGUGGAAAAUCUAAACUUUCAAUUUAAUAUAUUUUUGUAGUUUAUAAGUCUUUAGGUUAAGUCUGAUUGCAAAGAGAGUUUUAAACUUCCAUUCAGUUUGGUCGAGUUAAUGUAAAUAGGCUAUGAAGAAUCACGAGCACAAUAACGUUAUUUAUUUUACGAUUCUAUAUUAUUGUAACGUGUGUGUACACAGAGCACAAAUUGUAGAGUUAAGUUAUCUGUCUGUGGACAGUAGAUGUAAUCCGCGAUUUGUGGUAAAAGAUUUCUGUCGGACGUGUGUGAAAUGUGUUCAGUGUGAAUUUCAAUAUGUCUGGUGUGUAACGUGCUUGUAGAUGGGUCGUGUGAGGUAACGUUCUCUGUUACUGCUUUGUUUAUUUCAUUCGUAUUAACGAAAUCACAGGUCGUAAUGAGAUAACAGCUUUUACGUAGUUGUCAAAUUGAAACUUGUUGAACUUUUCGUCUACAUCGGUCAUGUACAUAGUAAUCUCUGUUUCGAAUGUUAGCAUUAGACCCUCAGACCCCCUGUAGAGGGUAUCUUAGCUGUAAUGUCGGAAUCGUAUGCAUUAUCUCGUAAUAGUAUUACCGUGCAUGCGUGAGUGAGGAGUGUUAUGGCGCUAUACAAACCAAAUAUCGUACGAUCUCAAACAAGUUUCGAACAGUGUGUGUGGGACGACUCAGUCAGUAUUAUGUGUACGGAUGCUGGAAUCAUCUUGAGGGUUCGGUUUAACAAAAGCAUAGUCUAGCUCUCGUGGCUGAUCUGGUGGUUAGAACGUGGACUAAGUUUUGGGAAUUUGGUUUCAAAUUUGACCAAUCCCCAAUGGCUAUUAGAUAAGUGAUAAGCUGUGACCCUGUGGCUCAGUACCCACCUUGUAGGUCUCUCAGAGCAGUUGAAAUGUCUGUAAUGGACGUCUCCCUCCACAAAGGCACAACUAAGUAUUUUUUAUAUUAGCCUGGUAGAAAACUGACAAAGUCUCAAUUUUAACAUCUCUGUCAAGUAAUGUUCAAUUUCUGUAUUUGAUAUUGAGGAAUCAAAAAUAAUUCACGGCUGGACUAAUAAUGCUUUUGAUAAACCGACUCGAAAGAUUUAAGAAUUAUGAAUAUUUUAUUUUUAAAGACAUUCAGGGUACAAAAUCCUAAACACUUACAGGAUUACUUUUGUUAAACCGAAGGAAGCAGUGCAAUGCAAAUUUCAAAUUAAAUAAAAAGGAUUGGCAUUUAUAAAUACAAAAUUAAUUUUUUUUUAUAUUCUAAACAGUUCACUUUGUUUAACCAGUGAUAAUUUGUGUGUUAUAUCUGCUUCCUGAGGUAGCUGUUUGGGCAUUUUUACCUAAAAUGAAAUCGCAAUAAUGAGCUACAAUUAAGCAUAAGAAACACCAAAGUACAAAUACAGUUAGUGGUCAGCAAGUCCGUCUCGCUCGUCAUGUGAUACUGUCUCGUCUAUAUAUUUAUUUUAAUGUAAAUAGAAAGAGAUAAGUUUUUAACCCAAAAACAAAAUAAAAUGUUUUAAAUGAAAUAAAAAUGUUGGACUAUAAA